CUCCCCUUUAAACACACCGAUACAGCACACCGUCCAUCUCUCCCCUCCCCCUCGCACCGCCGCGCGGACACGAACACGCGAGCCACCGAACGGGUCCGGGCCCGAUCGCACCGACCAGCCGCGCCCGCGGGGCGGGGAGGUGGAUCCAGUCCAGGGGUGGGCUCCUCUUCACCGCCGCCGAUGGACUUGGGCCUCAGCGUCGCGGGUAGGACCGGCAGCGGAGGAGGAAGAGGGGGCUGGAGAGGGAGCGGGGGCGGCGCGUCCGCGGCGGCGUGGACCCGGCUCGUCAGCUCUGGCGUGGAGGACGAGCUGGUGGCCGCGUCGGGAGGAGGAGGAGGAGGAGGUGGUGGACGCGCUGGGGCGAGAGCCGGAGGCCUGCCGCUGGGCCACUUUUUGGAGGCCUGCUUCCUCUGCCGGAAGCCCCUCCCCAGCAACCGCGACAUAUUUAUAGGUGACAUCCCGUUCUGCACCGAGGAUUGCAGGAGGGAGCAGAUCGAAAUGGACGAGGAGAUGGAGCGGAAGGAGAGCAAACCCAAGAACGUGGCGCCGAGAGGAGCUCCAUCCCCCAAGGACGUGGACUCCCCGCCGAGGCCUCCCAAGGCCCGGGCCGGGUCAAUCCUUGCCGGCUAACACCGUGAAGAAGAAAAAAAAAAGCUCACAAACGAGCUCUCACGUAUGCGCGCUCCCCCUCCCCAAAACCAAGAGAUCAGACCCCCUCUUACCACCACGAACUACCACCGCUACAGUUACGUAUAUGGGUUUGUGCUUUUUGUUUAAACCCCUUGCGCCAUUGGUGGCGCCGUGACCUGCUCAGUGUCAGUGCCUGCCUACCUGUAUGGCUGUGAUGAUGUAUAGAGAUGGGGGAGGGGAGGGGAGGGGAGGAGAGCGCGCUGGUGUUUAGGACCGCAUGCAGCUCUUAUUGCGCUGCUGUGUCGUUCGUUGUAUCAUGUGUGGGUGUUUCUGCCUCCGUUUACAGGGGAUUUUUGUGAAAUUUCUGUGUGCUACGUAGUAGUAGUAGUAGUCGGUAAUGAUGGUUUUAGGCUUAUGGUUUCCCGUAAUGAUGACGACGGAAAAUGGAAAACAUAUGUCUACAGAAAGAAAUAGACAUCAAGUACAUGACUAGCUCCUGUGCCAUCGUGGAUGAUCCUGAUUUCCUUUUUUUUAAAGUACCUUCUGAUUGGCAACAAGUGUGUACUGUUCUUGGUCGAUACAUCCAAUGUUUUGUUUUUUAUUAGUGGCGCUGUGCAAGUGCUAAGCGUGCGUGGCA